UUUAGUACUUAGUCAGAUUGUUGAUAUAUUAAUUCGCAUGAAUUUGAAAUGCUGUUUCAACAUGGAUCUUCUUCCUACCACGGCACUUUUUUGCCCUACGAUUCCCUAAGCUCGGGUAAUGCAACCCUAGACGUCAGCAUACCCAGCAAGAAUCGGACGAACCGAUUUAGAACGACAGUUCUUUAGCGCUUGCAGAUCUUACUCAGACGUUUUACUUUAUAGUAUUUGGGCUGUUGGGGAAAUUGCAAGUUGCGGCCGUUACGGCAGUGGCGGCGGCGGUGUCAGCGGUCUUGUUUGCUUCCUGUUCCUACUCUUCCUACGAGGCAGCAGCGAUGUUGAUUUACAAUGAUGUCAUUACCUAAUGUCAUCCGUACCUGCAGCGAUCACCUGCAUUUCUACUAAAUUUAGACUCCCUCUUUGAGAUUCUUCUGAUGAGGACAGAAGUCUAAUUCUAAGCUUAUUCACAGAUUCUGUUUAUUAAUGUCAUCUACCUUUUCAAAGGGAAUAAUUUAAAGUUGUGACAAAUUAACUGGUCAACCGUUUUUUCACGGCUAAGCUAAGUAAGAAACAAUUUGGAAAUUUCAUAUCCCCCUCUAUCUUCGUCUCAGUCAAUAUUCAAAAUGGCCCAAGAUGAAAGAAUCGACAAGUGGAUGUCACAAGGCAUCUUGGAGCCUUCUCGCAUUUUAGAGCGCAUUGAGGUAGAGCAUCUGAUCGAACCCGAUUCAGACAAUCUCCCCUCUAGCAUAGAAGAGCUCGAUGAAGCCGCCUUUAUUUCGCUACUAUGCAACAAGGGUGGCCUCCCUCAGCCUUGCGAGGGCUUCGGUCAUCUCAUCUAUAGCGUUGUCGCUUAUUUAAGCGCCACCCCUUUCUACCCUCAGCCAAGCGAGCAAGUUCCUUCAAGCCUUUCCCUCGCUGGGAUAUACCGAGGACUGGCAUGGAUCCUCCCGGAUACUCACCGCAGAAUAAUCGGGGCUGGCAGCUCUGCCCGCUCACGCACCGUGGCCGACCAUCGCAGACUACUCUUCCAAAGUUUAGCCACCGCAACACACAAUGGAUCAUACGAUCCAGCCGAAGCGCAGGAAAGGGCUAUCUAUAAUGCUCAUUUUGAGCCGGAUGCGUUCUACGACAACCCAGAUUGGCUGUUCGUCAACCGCGACGACGACGGUGAUGAAAUGUACCAUGAUGUUCUGGAUGUGUUGCAUGAAUGUCAGCCAGAACCCAACUAUCCUUACGGAGGUGUCCCGCGUGAUGGGUUUCGUGAGUUCGCUAAGACGCUCAUUAAGGGACAGCCUAAAUUCGACAGUCUAGCCAUUCCCCGGGAUCGAUUCACAACUUUUGUUACUUUCUUGCUAGCUCUGCAAUUUGAAACCCAAACCCCGGCAGAACCGGUACUAUCUCAGUACGAGGAGGCAGCAAAGGAUAUAGUAGCCUCGUUCUGCGGGGAUGCGAAAGCGGAUAUAAUUACCUGGCCCAGAUUCGACGACGCGCUUAAGCAGAUGCCUUUCCUCUUCGAUCCACUUCACAGAAUUCUAUCAGCAACAUUCUUGAAGGAGAGACCAUUUUCCGUUUCUGGCGACUGGAUAGCCCCUAUACCUCCUCAAGACAGUUUCAUGACUCUACCACGCCUAAGCCAACUGGCGACGAUGAUAAAUCAAGACGUGGAUUUUGAGAGCUUUGGUAGGGCUCAUCAAUUCCACAAGGGCAUCCGCCCCACAGCUGGAGUGUUAGCCAACUUCAUGAAGACGAUGCCCGAUCUAAGUAUCCUGACCUUGUGCGGACUGUCUUCGGCGGAUGAGAAGUACAUCUUUGGCGUCUUCAAGCCAUUGCUCCUCGAUGUGGAGAAGGAGACCGAGGGGGACGAGGACCACAGGGAGACAUCGGACGAAGAAGACGAGGAGCAGCGUAAGCCGGUCGUGCGGGAGAUGGAUCCUGUGCAUGAUUGGGUGGAAUUCCGUGGUCAUAUUAGGUUUCCCGCGCGGCCGAUCUUGUUCGUUCUCAGCCCAGCCCAGCGUGCCGUUCGAAUCAAGGACGAACCCCGCGUUGUUGAUGAUCGUCUUCACUUUGGAGAUGUCCUAACAAUCUCAAGUGACGGGACUGCAUCUAUCGGGAUCGGCGAUACGGCUAUACUCAUCAAGACCAAAGCCAUAGAGAUUUGGGGAGAAACUUCCACAAGGACGUAGGUUAGAUCUCCUGAUAAUCACAACAUGAGUUGUAGCCCAACUCUCUUGGUACCUACAUUUAGAGUGCCUUGGUCUUGCUCAUUUGAAUUCUCGACCAAUGCGGCAAUGCCACCUCUAUGUUUCAGGUGACGCUCCGUUAUCACAGCAUUCCCACUUGGUGCGAUGUAUGUGUGAUCCGAUUGCUUUAUGUAAGAGUCGACUUUUAUGCAUGAUCAUACGUAGAAUUAGUACUCCGAAACGGACUUGGCUUUCUACGGUAUUAUGGACGACUCAAGAGUCGGAAAGGGGUUGAAUGUUAUCUCUCAAUGUAUAAUAAAAGUACAUUGAAACGACUUCACGCCUAAAUAUGUUCCCCUAACUCGGACAAGAAGAUUUGAAGCUUUGUUGCAAAAACGUAUGCUCAAUUUCUCCCGGAAUAUUUCUCCGAGAGGGGAAUAAGGAGCCUAUAAAGUUGUGCAAUGGACGAUGCCAACGGCUGGGCUCGACUGACAAUGGCACGUAAAAGAUAUUUUGGCUCAAAGAGAGGACAGGUGUUUUUUUUAAUGAUGAGUACAAUUAGAAAAUAUUUGUAUAAAUGUCGAGUUGCCUAGGGUCGAGGAAGGAUAAUGAAUCCUUGGGGUCUACGCUCUAGGGUUGUUGACGCUACAGAAAGUGGUAUCCACUCCUAUAACAACUAUCCCCCUCAGGAAGAUAAGAGAUGGAUUUGAUUGUUGCUGUAUAAUAUACCUAUGUGCUA